AUGUCGGAGUGGGCCGAGGACUGCACUACGUUUGUGCCCUCUACAUACCCUUCGGGAUUCUUCACGGCUGGACAGUCUAUGUUAGACCGACCGGUUGGGAGUUUAAGCUAUAAGCCCGCCGGGCUCGGUGUGAUAGAGACUCUAGAGCUCGAUUUCGAAAAUGGAGCCGGCCUCGCAUCCAACUGUCCAGUCAACUCGACCGGGUAUGGCAUUGGUGAGGUGAAUGUGGUCCGUGACGAGUGUUCCUGCGAGUCCGGCGAGAAAGUCAUGGCACUCCACAAGAGCGGUAGAUUGAGAGCAAAUCCAACCCCAUGGACGCCCGCAGGCUAG